CUAUCAGAAGUUGCUGAAGCCCCUCGAAUGGAGAUAUACGGAGUCAGGAUGGUCCAGGAACAUGGCGUCCGUGGGCUGCGAUUCAGUAAGGAUACAAAGGCAGUCAGCUUCUCCACCUCUCUCAUCUUCAAAGUCUGCCAUUACUUCCCAGCAGAAUUCUCCAUUGUCAUCACACUGAAACUGAACAGCAUAAAAUUAAAGAAGAACGAAUACAUUUUGUCGUUGAUCCAAGAGGAUUUAAACAACGUGUUGCUGGGGCUGAGGAUCUCGCCUGACAAGCUUCACCUGGAGUUUGCCCAGGGCGGCCUGCCCAACAGCCGCAGGGAGCAGGUGACAUUCCAGGACAUCUACCUGGCCGACCACCAGUGGCACACCUUGGUGCUGGCUGUGUCAGCCAACUUUGUGUCUCUCACUGUGGACUGCUGCCCUCCUGUUGACACGCAUCUGGACGUACCUUUCCCAGAAUAUUUAGUCACAGCAAGAUCUCGAUUUUACAUUGGGAACAGGAGGAGACGGAAAGGACUGUUUUCAGGGUUACUGAGACAACUGGUGCUACUGCCAGGAUCCGAUGCGACCCAAAGGAUCUGCCCCAGUCCCACUCCCAGACUGGCGGUGCUCUCCAUCCCGAAGAUCCUAACAGAGCUCCCUCUGCGGCCUUCGGACAAUGACAUUUUGAAGUACCCUUAUGCUAAAAAGAGACUGGAUUAUGUCGAAGAUUAUCAAAAUCUGGUCACCAACUCGGAAACACUUGAUGUUGAGAUCUUUGAGAUUCCCAAUGUUGGACUCUUUGCUGCCACAGCCAAUAAGAAGCCUCACCCUGGAUCGACGAUUUUUAAGUGGUUGAAAGGGAAAUUUGAACCGUAUCAGAGCAUCACAACAUAUGAAGCACAGGCGUGGAAGCACUUCUCCAUUGGCCCACAGGUAUUUUUGGUGGUGGCCAACUUUGAGAAGAACGAAAGGAACCAGGAAUACUCGGUCAUCUACAAGUGGAGCCGCAGGAAGCUGCUGUUUGUGUUGUAUCAGAGGCUAGCGACUCACAGUGCACGAGACUGGGAGGCCUUUCAGAUCAAUGGGGAGACCUUCCUUGCUGUAGCCAACCAUCGUGAAGGAGACAAUCACAACAUCAACAGUAUUAUCUACAAAUGGAACCCUGAAUCACGAUUGUUUGAAAGAAACCAGACUAUUCCCACAUCCGGAGCCUAUGACUGGGAAUUCUUCACCGUUGGACCGUAUUCCUUCCUCGUCGUGGCGAACACUUUCAAUGGAACCUCAACCCGGAUCUACUCUCGGAUUUACAUCCAACUGGGUGGAGUGUUCCGACUUUUCCAGUCAAUCCUGACAUACGGUGCUACAGACUGGGAGAUGUUCCAUGUUGAAGGAAGAGUCUUUCUCGCAGUUGCCAACAGUCAGAGCUAUCAGACCGGGGCGCCGAAUGGAAUCAACUCCUUCAACAUCAACUCCACCAUCUAUGAACUUAACAUCACCGCUCAGAUGUUCGUCAAAUUUCAGGACAUCCUGACUUACAGUGCUGUUGACUGGGAGUUCUUCACAGUGGGUGAUGACAGCUUCCUGGUUGUGGCAAACUCAUAUGACGGCUCUAAGUUCUUUUUAAACAGUGUUAUAUACAGGUGGCAGGGCUACGAAAGCUUUGUCCCAGUCCAUCGCCUGCCAACAUACGGCUGUACAGACUGGGAGCAGUUCAACACGGAGGAAGGCUCGUACCUCAUCUACUCCAGUGCGAAGGAACGCAUUUCCAAGGUGCUCAGACUGAAAGUCUAUUGACCCAAGAAGUAAUGUGGUCAGAGCUUCACAGAUCAUAGAAACUCCUGAACAAGAGGACCCUUCGCUCCAGGGGUCUUUGAAUUGGAACUAAUUUACCUCAGCGAACUAGGUUACACGUCAGAAGGGACAAUCCUGCUUGCUUAUGAAGAAUUUUUUUUGUUGUUGGAUGAUCUGCUUAAUCCCAAGCCAACUCGACCAUGCUCAGGAAUUAUCAGAAAAGAAGGUAUGCAGGACAAACCCAAGUUCAGAAGCUGUUCUGUGAAUGCCAGUGUG